AACCUGAAGCAUGAUGUUCCGAAGUUUAUCCAUUUCUCUUUUCAUAUUUUAUUUACGCAUCGUGUUGGUUGCCGUCGUGAAACAUCGGUAAAUCGAAAUCAGCUAAUGCAUUUGAAAUAGAAAGUUCAGGUCAAAUAGUCGUUUUCUUGACAACAACGUGUUUGUGGCUUUGUUCGUAGACACCGCGGUAUAAAAGAAAUAGCCAGUCGAAUGUGACAAAUAGUAUUAGUUAGACAAUCGGCUGAUUUGAUCUUACCUUAGAGAUGAAGCGCUUGCUUGUGCUGGGUGUUGCCCUUAUGGCGACCGGUUUUGCCAACUGUGACCUCGGACUGAAAAUCGCGAUUCAGGGUGUGCCAAAUUCCGUGAGCAGAGCCAUUGGAGCGGGAGUGCAGCCGGUGAUUGCCGCCAAAAUGACCAUAUCGAUCAACGAAACAUUAGAUUCUAGUGGUGUAUUGAAGAUGCUUCGAUCUAUUGCAAGUGAUGUGGUGGUUCCAUUGGAGUCAUUACUGGCGGGUAUCAAUGAUGCAGCGUCUGAUAAAAGUGGCGAUUCUGCGACGCUUUUUGAGAAUCUCAACGGGUUGGUGGAAUCUUCAGCGAUGGCAUUGAGCAAGGCUCAGAUUACUGUGGUAGGUCUGCAAUCUGUGCUCAACCCUACAACAUAUCAGGAUUUCAGCGGAAAUUUGACGCAUCUUGCUGCGGAAGUGAACUCGCUGGUUACUGUCCAGAGUGUACUACUAUCUGCUUUGAAUGAAGUGAACACUGCUGAUCCACCCUAUACCGCAAGAAAUGUGUCAAUGGUCAUUACAUCAGAUUUGAUAUCGAUCUACACUACUUCCCUGAAAAGCAUCAGCAGUGCUCUGUCAACGUUGGGAUCGCUAAUAUCUACUAUAGUGAAAGAGAAACAGGCAACUAUCUUACAAAAGCUCAAUCUUAACGAUUCGGUCGAUACGGCGCUCAAAAACUUGAUUCAGGUUGUCACCAAUUUCAAUCGAACGAGCUACGGCGUCUACAGUAGCGCCAUCCGUGCGUCAGAUAACAGUCUCAAAUCUCUGAAUCAGGCUUACGCGCCCGUGCUUUCGAAGGCUUCCACUUACAACAACGGAAACAUGACCAACCUGAUGAACUUCCUGGCCAACGCUAGCACAGUAGCAUCCGUUGCUUUGGACAACAUCCGGAACAAUACAGCUGCCCUUACUCUACAGCUUGCGUACACCCUCGGGAACCAAACGACGAACAUUUCACAAACCCUCUACAACGGUAUUCAAAACAUCAGCGACACGGCCUCUACAAGCACGAGCACCUUUUCCAGGACGUGCGAGCGCAAAUACACAACCAUGUUUCAACAGCCGGGAUUGUCUCCAUCGAGGCUGAAUCUUUGCCUUCAAUCGGAAGGGGCAAGUCUAGCGAGCUUUGCGCAAGUCACGGUUCCGGGACUGUUUGGGGACGUUCUGCGAUGGGUUGGACCUCAAGUGGUGCGGAUUAACAUGUGUUCGGUGUCAAAUGGCACUUGCAGCGUUGCGGCUUUCGAUGCUAUCUCGGACUUUUCGUCUCGCUUACAAAUGAAAUACGACAUGAUGAGCAGUGUCGUCAUAGCUGAACAAAACUUGUCUCUUUAUCGAAUCAUCAAUUGUGUCGAUACCGUUUCGAAUGAUAUUCAGGACGGUGUAUUGAGUAUUCAAGACAAAUCUGUCAACUGCUUGACGACAGGUACUUGA